AUGAUGAAGAGAAAACCCAACCAACAUCAACCCCCAAACAGGAGAGGAAGGGUCAGUGCUAGUGCCGGUGGGCAAAUUGACUCACCGGACAACAAUACCAUGACUGACUCCGAGACAGUUCCACUCCCUCCAUCACAAAAGAGGCACCUGACCAUGAUGCAGCAUGGCGACAACCUCCUCAAGUUUCUAAACGAGGACCGAACGAAGCAAAGGUUCUGCGACGUCUCCGUCAGUGUGGGCGGGAAGUGCUACAGCGCCCACAAAGCCAUGUUGGCGCACGGUAGCAGCUACUUCCACGCCGAGCUGACCAAAAACCCGAACGCCGACCACGUGAUUCUCGACCACGUGGAGGAUUCCGUGUUCCAACACUUACUGCGCCUCCUUUACACGGCCGAGUGUGUCAUCUCCGAGAGCGAGGUCCCUGCCCUGACUGAAGCGGCCGGCUUCCUGGACAUGAUGGAUGUAGUGAAGCUCCUGGCAGGAGAGGGGGAUGUCCGGCCAGCGCUUGCUCGAGUGGAGGUUAAGUCCGUGGGGGAACCAAGCGCAGGGAAGGCCUCUAAAGCUUCUGACCUUCCAUCGGACUGUGUCGGGGUCCAAAGCCCAGUCCAGGCUGGUGCCCACCAUUGUUCGUUCUGCAGCCGUACAUUUUGCUACAAGAAGUCUAUGGAGAACCAUUUAACCAGGAAUCACAGUAGCAGCACCGAGGGAGAUGCCAGAGAAAAGGUGGUCACUCAAGAGAUUACUACCACGGUAACCACGAACCGGAGGUCUGCCCGCAGGAGGAAGGUUCCCGCCAAAUUGGAGAGAGGUGACGCGGACAGCGCCGUCGCAACAGAGGGGAAGCUACAUCACGACCCCGCUAGUAGAGACCCAACCACCACAGAGGAAGACGACGAGGAGGAGGAGGAAGAAGAAGAAGAAGGGAGAAAACCAAAGCACAAAUCCGACACAGGAGACGCACUCACCCCAACCGAGGGGGAGGAGGCGGAAGAGGAGAGGGAGGAGGAUGAGGAGGAGAUGGUGGUGGAACGUAAGAGUGCGUUAGUACGGGGAGCAAGAGAGAGCGGUGAGAGUUCAGAGGUGGAGACAACAGAACACCAGACAGUCAAUGAGGUGGAGGUGUAUAGUCAGGCUGCAGAUGGCUCUAACUAUGGACCAGUGUACCCAGAGGGACUGGCUCCUGUCAUCAUCCAGAGCGUCAGCAAGAAGACGCUCAAGUGCCCCAAGUGUGACAAGACCUUUGACCGCACAGGUAUGUACUCUCCUUAGAGAGUUUAUUUAAAUGUAUUGUACUGAUUGUAUACAUUGUAUUUAUUCACAAGGGCAGUUGUUUCAACAACAGAUUAAUUACAUAACAUCAACAACAACAUAAUAAUUAUAUACUAAACAAAAAUAAUAAUAAUAUAUUAAACAAUUAAUACAUAACCAACAUUUAACCAACCACAAGUGCUGUUGUUUUGUCCUCGUCUCUUAGCAACUGAGUAGGAGUAGUAGUCUUAAUUUAUUUGACUGCCAAUCAAGUGAAUCAAUGGAGUUUUCAAAGAGCAGAAGCCCUGAAGGACUGCAGUCAAAGAUUUUUUAUAACUAAACCAAGAUAGAUCACAGCGUGUCAUUUCCAAUGGGAACAAAUGAGCCAUAGUGGGCAGAACAGGCAAGGAGGGGGGCAGAGCCAAGCACGAACUAGUGAGAUCCUAUUGGAGUGUUCUAGCGUCAUCUGCAUAUUUCCGUUAGGGAACGCCUACUCUGUGAAGUGCGCGUGUGCAGUAACUCAAUUCACCCUUUGCACUCCGUGAUUUUUUAAAACCUUUUGCAAAGGGUAAAGUUAAAAAAUCUUAGCCCACUCUAUUCAUAACAGAUUCUAGUUUUGGUAACAAAAAACUGUAUUGAGAUCAAAUGUUUCAUCGAUGAGAAAAUGUGCAGAAUGUCGGCCAAAAUCCAUCUCGUUCCAUCUUCUCCCACUGCCCGCCAGUGGGCUUCCUCCAUACACCAAGCUGAUGCUUCACAUUUAAACAUCCAGUGAAAUAUCUGUCUCAUUGUUCUAUCUGUGCUGCAGUUGUGCACCACUUAUCUGUCUUAUGAGCCUGGCCAUACCAUGCACCAAAUACUAUAUUAUAAAUCAGAAUAAUAUUAUGUUUUGCUGUUUUUCUCUGUAUUUUCCAUAGGGAAGUAUGAGAGUCACACCAGGGUGCAUACAGGAGAGAAGCCCUUCCAGUGUGACGUGUGUCUACAGUGUUACUCCACCAAGUCGAACCUCACCGUGCACAAGAAGAAGCAUGCCAGUGACGCCCCCUUCCAGAAGAAAGACCACAAGUGCUCCUUCUGCAACAAGCUGCACGCCAGCAAAAAGACCCUGGCCAAACACGUCAGAAGGUGAACCUUUGUGUCUGUCCCAUCAUCCUCUGUUCACCAGGGUUGGGGGUCAGUUCCAUUUCAAUUGAGCCAAUUCAGGAAGGAAACAGAAAUUCAUAUUCUAAUAGAGAAGCUUUGAGGAACAUUUGAAUUGGAAUAGGAAUUUCAGUUUACUUCCUGAAUUGACUGAAUUGAAAUGGAUUUGACCCCCAACCCUGAUAUUCACAUUACACUCUUAUACAUAUUCUAUAUUUUGGUUAUUAUAAAUCCCUAACAAUUGCGCUUUUAGGAAAAGAGUCACUCUAAAUUCAAAUGGUUGUAAAUUAAAAUCAUGUUCUCAUGAAUAAAAAUAUGAGGUUAUUUAUUUAGUGGUUGGAUUGAAACCUUAACAGCCCUUCUAAACUAGGAGCUGGUUUCCCAGACCCAGAUUAAGCCUAGUCCUGGAUUAACAAUCAUUCUCAAUAGAGAAUCUUUAUUCAAAGUGCGUUUUAGUCUUUUACUAGGCUUAAUCUGGGUCAAGGAAACCAUUGCUAGAUGAGUUAAAGCUUGUUUGUAGUCUUUCAGGGUAAAGGGGUCUCUGGGUAGUAGUAAUCUGACUUAAUCAUUAUAUACCCUGAUCUAGAUGUUAUUAGCAAUUCUAUAAUGGUGAUUCUUUAAUUGCCCUUCAGGGAUAAACAGAGUUUAUUUUAUUUAAUUAAAUGGUUUACGCUGUAGUCCACCAUUCGUGUCCUUUUCUUACUUAGUUCUAUGUAGUGUACUUAAAGUUAAAAUAAUGAGCUUUGCCACCUUGUGGACACGUGUCACAGUGCAGUUCAGUGUCAAAGGGAUCCAGACAGGUCAAUGCACAGUUGUACUGUAUGUUUAUAUUGAGACUCUGGUCCCCAAGGAGUGAAAAGGAAUGAAUAAUGAAGUCAAGUGUGUACUACCUAUGUGUUACCACUGUGCUUUCAGGUUCCACCCGGACCACAUUCAAGAGUUCCUGGCCAUGAGGAAGAAGAAGAACGAGGGAUGGAAGUGUGAUGUAAGCUUUGACUUGUUUUAUUUUAUGAAACACAAUCCAAAAAAGAAAAUUGUCAGAUAACGGACACAGUAUAGAAAAGGAGGUAAAGAGCAAAAUGCUAGCCCCAAGAUUCAGACUACAAUCAUAUUUUGAAGGGAUCACUUCCCUUGAGCCCUUAUAAUAUGAAUGUCUCUUGCUGAUCAAUAUCAACACUUUGAGCCUAAGAAGUUUGGUUUUAACAUUUUGCAUUUUUGUCAUUUAGCAGACGCUCUUAUCCAGAGCGACUUGCAUACAUUUUUUGUACUGGUCCCCCGUGGCAAUCAAACCCACAACCCUGUUGUUGCAAGCGCCAUGCUCUACCAACUGAGCCACAUGGUAGUUUCACAACCUUUAUCUUAUCAAGUUCAAGUGUCAAGUCUAUUAUGACAUCAUUACAUAGCCAUAUGAAAUUAAAUGUAUUUUAGAAGUUGAGUUGAGGCAAGGACCACUCUAAAAUAUAUACAGUGCCUUCGGAAAGUAUUCAGACCCCUUAACCUUUUCCACAUGUUGUUACGUUGCAGCCUUAUUCUAAAAUGGAUUCAAUAGUUUUGUUUCCUCUCAUCAAUCUACACACAAUACCCCAUAAUGACAGAGCAAAAACAGAUUUUUAGAAAUUUCAGCUAAUUUAUUAGAAAUAAAAAACAGAAAUAUCACCUUUACAUAACUAUUCAGACCCUUUACUCAGUACUUUGUUAAAGCACCUUUGGCAGCGAGUCUUCUUAAGUAUGACGCUACAAGCUUGGCUCACCAGUAUUUGGGGAGUUUCUCCCAUUCUUCUCUGCAGAUCCUCUCAAGCUCUGUCAGGUUGGGUGGGGAGCGUCGCUGCACAGCUAUUUUCAGGUCUCUCCAGAGAUGUUCGAUCGGGUUUAAGUCCAGGCUCUGGCUGGUCCUCUCAAGGACAUUCAGAGACUUGUCCCGAAGCCACUCCUGCAUUGUCUUGGCUGUGUGCUUAGGGUCGUUGUCCUGUUGGAAGGUGAACCUUCACCCCAGUCUGAGGUCCUGAGCGCUCUGGAGCAGGUUUUCAUCAAGGAUCUCUCUGUACUUUGCUCCGUUCAUCUUUGCCUCGAUCCUGACUAGUCUCCCAGUCCCUACCGCUGAAAAACAUGAUGCUGCCACCACCAUGCUUCACCGUAGGGAUGGUGCCAGGUUUCCUCCAGACGUGACACAUGGCAUUCAGGCCAAAGAGUUCAAUCUUGGUUUCAUCAGACCAGAGAAUCUUGUUUCUCAUGGUCUGAGAGUCUUUAGGUGCCUUUUGGCAAACUCCAAGCGGGCUGUCUUGUGCCUUUUACUGAGGAGUGGCUUCCGUCUGGCCACUCUACCAUAAAGGCCUGAUUGGUGGAGUGCUGCAGAGAUGGUUGUCCUUCUGGAAGGUUCUCCCAUCUCCACAGAGGAACUCUAGACCAUCGGGUUCCUGGUCACCUCCCUGACCAAGUUCCUUCUCCCCCGAUUGCUCAGUUUUGCAGGGUGUUCUUGGGGACCUUUAAUGCUGCAGAAUUAUUUUGGUACCCUUCCCCAGAUCUGUGCCUCGACACAAUCCUGUCUCGGAGCUCUACGGACAAUCUUCAACCUCAUGGCUUGGUUUUUGCUCUGACAUGCACUGUCAACUGUGGGACCUUGUAUAGACAGGUGUGUGCCUUUCCAAAUCAUGUCCAAUCAAUUGAAUUUACCACAGAUGGACUCCAAUCAAGUUGUACAAACAUCUCAAGGAUGAUCAAUGAAAACAGGAUGUACCUGAGCUCAAUUUUGAGUCUCAUAGCAAAAGGUCUGAAUAGUUAUGUAAAUAAUGUUUUUCUGUUUUGUAUUUUCUUUUAUAAAUUUGCAAACAUUUCUAAAAACCUGUUUUAGCUUUGUCAUUAUGGGGUAUCGUGUGUUGAUUGCUGAGGAUUAUUUUUUAUUUAAUCCCUUUUAGAAUAAGGCUGUAACGUAACAAAAUGUGGAAAAAGUCUAGGGGUCUGAAUACUUUCUGAAGGCACUGUACCUACAGAUGCAAUGCAGUAAAUGGAAAACUUGUAGUGUAUAUGAGGUUUAAAAAUACUUUCCACUUAGAAAUGUCAGACUUGAAAUGUAUCAACCCCUACAAAAAUUGUCCUUUAAUUAUAAUCCUCAUAAUAAUUCACAUGUCCUGUUGUUGCAGGACUAUUUUCCUGCUGUAGCAAACUGGCUCAAAUUAAGAUCCUACAUCUGUACACGUCACAUAAUAUUCACAGAAUACAUAUUCCACAGAAUAAUACAUUUUCACGUUCACUGCAAGUACAGUCAGUGUAUUCUCGUAUCCUCACCUGCUCUCUCUCUGAUAUUCCGGGUUCAGAUCUGCCACAAGUCUUUCACACGUAGGCCUCAUCUGGAGGAGCACAUGAUUCUACACACGCAAGACCGACCCUUCAAAUGUGCCUUCUGUGACGACUACUUCAAGUCCAGGUUUGCCCGCUUGAAGCAUCAAGAAAAGUAUCAUUUAGGUAAUGAACGGGAAAUUUCAUUUGAUUGCUUUAUCCAACAUAUUUAAAUAAUAGAUCAAUGUAUUGUACCUCUUGACUUGAGGCGUACAUAUAUAUUGCAUUAUGAUGAGUCCAUAAUGCUUUAUUGGCCUUGUCAUAAGUAUGAAUUAACUGCUUAUAAUGUGUUAGGAUAGUGAUGAAUCGGUUAUUAUCUGUCAUUUGAGCUAGUUGAAAGGCGAGACAUAUUAUAAGUUAUCAUGGUUAUAACAAGUAAUAAUACGUUAUAACUAUAUGCCCUAAGUAAAGUGUUACUGUUAUAUCCCCUUGGAUUGAUGAGGAAUUGAAAAAAUUGUAUGGUUGAGAGGGAUGAGGCAAAAGGUAUGGCAUACAGUGGCUUGCGAAAGUAUUCACCCCCCCUUGGCAUUUUUCCUAUUUUGUUGCCUUACAACCUGGAAUUAAAAUUGAUUUUGGGGGGGUUUGUAUCAUUUGAUUUACACAAAAUGCCUACCACUUUGAAGAUGCAAAAUAUGUUUUCUCGUGAAACAAACAAGAAAUAAGACAAAUAAACAGAAGACUUGAGCGUGCAUAACUGUUCACCCCCCAAAGUCAAUACUUUGUAGAGCCACCUUUUGCAGCAAUUACAGCUGCAAGUCUCUUCGGGUAUGUCUCUAUAAGCGUGGCACAUCUAGCCACUGGGAUUUUUGCCCAUUCUUCAAGGCAGAACUGCUCCAGCUCCUUCAAGUUGGAUGGGUUCCGCUGGUGUACAGCAAUCUUUAAGUCAUACCACAGAUUCUCAAUUGGAUUGAGGUCUGGGCUUUGACUAGGCCAUUCCAAGACGUUUAAAUGUUUCCCCUUAAACCACUCAAGUGUUGCUUUAGCAGUAUGCUUAGGGUCAUUGUCCUGCUGGAAGGUGAACCUCCAUCCCAGUCUCAACUCUCUGGAAGACUGAAACAGGUUUCCCUCAAGAAUUUCCCUGUAUUUAGCGCCAUCCUUCAAUUCUGACCAGUUUCUCAGUCCCUGCCGAUGAAUGGUAUUCUCGGGGUGAUGAGAGGUGUUGGGUUUGCGCCAGACAUAGCGUUUUCCUUGAUGGCCAAAAAGCUCAAUUUUAAUCUCAUCUGACCAGAGUACCUUCUUCCAUAUGUUUGGGGAGUCUCCCACAUGCCUUUUGGCGAACACCAAAUGUGUUUGCUUAUCUUUUUCUUUAAGCAAUGGCUUUUUUCUGGCCACUCUUCUGUAAAGCCCAGCUCUGUGGAGUGUACGGCUUAAAGUGGUCCUAUGGACAGAUACUCCAAUCUCCGCUGUGGAGCUUUGCAGCUCCUUCAGGGUUAUCUUUGGUCUCUUUGUUGCCUCUGAUUAAUGCGCUCCUUGCCUGGUCCGUGAGUUUUGGUGGGCUGCCCUCUCUUGGCAGGUUUGUUGUGGUGCCAUAUUCUUUCCAUUUUUUAAUAAUGGAUUUAAUGGUGCUCCGUGGGAUGUUCAAAGUUUCGGAUAUUUUUUUAUAACCCAACCCUGAUCUGUACUUCUCCACAACUUUGUCCCUGACCUGUUUGGGGAGCUCCUUGGUCUUCAUGGUGCCGCUUGCUUGGUGGUGCCCCUUGCUUAGUGGUGUUGCAGACUCUGGGGCCUUUCAGAACAGGUGUAUACAGUGGGGAAAAAAAGUAUUUAGUCAGCCACCAAUUGUGCAAGUUCUCCCACUUAAAAAGAUGAGAGAGGCCUGUAAUUUUCAUCAUAGGUACACGUCAACUAUGACAGACAAAAUGAGAAAAAAAAAUCCAGAAAAUCACAUUGUAGGAUUUUUAAUUAAUUUAUUGGCAUUUGAUGGUGGAAAAUAAGUAUUUGGUCAAUAACAAAAGUUUCUCAAUACUUUGUUAUAUACCCUUUGUUGGCAAUGACACAGGUCAAACGUUUUCUGUAAGUCUUCACAAGGUUUUCACACACUGUUGCUGGUAUUUUGGCCAAUUCCUCCAUGCAGAUCUCCUCUAGAGCAGUGAUGUUUUGGGGCUGUCGCUGGGCAACACAGACUUUCAACUCCCUCCAAAGAUUUUCUAUGGGGUUGAGAUCUGGAGACUGGCUAGGCCACUCCAGGACCUUGAAAUGCUUCUUACGAAGCCACUCCUUCGUUGCCCGGGCGGUGUGUUUGGAAUCAUUGUCAUGCUGAAAGACCCAGCCACGUUUCAUCUUCAAUGCCCUUGCUGAUGGAAGGAGGGUUUCACUCAAAAUCUCACGAUACAUGGCCCCAUUCAUUCUUUCCUUUACACGGAUCAGUCGUCCUGGUCCCUUUGCAGAAAAACAGCCUCAAAGCAUGAUGUUUCCAACCCCAUGCUUCACAGUAGGUAUGGUGUUCUUUGGAUGCAACUCAGCAUUCUUUGUCCUCCAAACAUGACGAGUUGAGUUUUUACCAAAAAGUUAUAUUUUGGUUUCAUCUGACCAUAUGACAUUCUCCCAAUCCUCUUCUGGAUCAUCCAAAUGCACUUCAGACGGGCCUGAACAUGUACUGGCUUAAGCAGGGGGACACGUCUCGCACUGCAGGAUUUGAGUCCCUGGCGGCGUAGUGUGUUACUGAUGGUUGGCUUUGUUACUUUGGUCCCAGCUCUCUGCAGGUCAUUCACUAGGUCCCCCCGUGUGGUUCUGGGAUUUUUGCUCACCGUUCUUGUGAUCAUUUUGACCCCACGGGGUGAGAUCUUGCGUGGAGCCCCAGAUCGAGGGAGAUUAUCAGUGGUCUUGUAUGUCUUCCAUUUCCUAAUAAUUGCUCCCACAGUUGAUUUCUUCAAACCAAGCUGCUUACCUAUUGCAGAUUCAGUCUUCCCAGCCUGGUGCAGGUCUACAAUUUUGUUUUUGGUGUCCUUUGACAGCUCUUUGGUCUUGGCCAUUGUGAAGUUUGGAGUGUGACUGUUUGAGGUUGUGGACAGGUGUCUUUUAUACUGAUAACAAGUUCAAACAGGUGCCAUUAAUACAGGUAACGAGUGGAGGACAGAGGAGCCUCUUAAAGAAGAAGUUACAGGUCUGUGAGGGCCAGAAAUCUUGCUUGUUUGUAGGUGACCAAAUACUUAUUUUCCACCAUAAUUUGCAAAUAAAUUCAUUAAAAAUCCUACAAUGGGAUUUUCUGGAUUUUUUUUCCUCAAUUUGUCUGUCAUAGUCGACGUGUACCUAUGAUGAAAAUUACAGGCCUCUCUCAUCUUUUUAAGUGGGAGAACUUGCACAAUUGGUGGCUGACUAAAUACUUUUUUUCCCCACUGUAUAUACUGAGAUCAUGUGACAGAUCAUGUGACACUUAGAUUGCACACAGGUGGACUUUAUUUAACUAAUUAUGUGACUUCUGAAGGUAAUUGGUUGCACCAGAUCUUAUUUAGGGGCUUCAUAGCAAAGGGGGUGAAUACAUAUGCACACACCACUUUUCCGUUAUUUAUUUUUUAGCAUUUUUUGAAACAAAUUAUUUUUUUCAUUUCACUUCACCAAUUUGGACUAUUUUCUGUAUGUCCAUUACAUGAAAUCCAAAUAAAAAUCAAUUUAAAUUACAUGUUGUAAUGCAACAAAAUAGGGAAAACGGUAAGGGGGAUGAAUACUAAUGCAAGGCAAAAGUACUGCAAAUUGAGAAAUCACGUGACUAAACUGAAUAAAAAGAAGAAGAAACUAAACUAUGAAACAAAGAUAAAUGAUUUGGAGCACCUUAAAAUAAAUAUUGGGCAAAAAGGCAAACUCAGCUCCAUCACUCAUUGAAUCAGAUGGCUCAUUCCUCACAAAACCCAUUGAUAUUGCCAACUACUUUAAUGAUUUUUUCAUUGGCAAGAUUAGCAAACAUAGGCAUUACAUGACAGCAACAAACGCUGACACUACACAUCCAAGUAUAUCUGACUAAAUUGUGAAAGACAAGCAUUGAAAGCCAAGUCAACAAACAGAACACCGACCAUUUCGAAUCCCACCGUACCUUCUCCGCUAUGCAAUCCGGUUUCCGAGCUGGUCAUGGGUGCACUUCAGCCACACUCAAGGUCCUAAACGAUAUUAUAACCGCGAUCGAUAAUAGACAGUACUGUGCAGCCGUUUUCAUUGACCUGGCCAAGGCUUUCGACUCUGUCAACCACUGCAUUCUUAUUGGCAGACUAAAUAGCCUUGGUUUCUCAAAUGACUGCCUCGCCUGGUUCACCAACUACUUCUCAGAUAGAGUUCAAUGUGUCAAAUCGGAGGGCCUGUUGUCUGGACCUAUGGCAGUCUCUAUGGGGGUGCCACAGGGUUCAAUUCUUGGGCCGACUCUUUUCUCUGUGUAUAUCAAUGACGUCGCUCUUGCUGCUGGUGACUCUCAGAUCCACCUCUAUGCAGACGACACUAUUUUGUAUACAUCUGGCCCUUCAUUGGACACUGUGUUAACAAACCUCCAAACGAGCUUCAAUGCCAUACAACACUCCUUCAGUAGCCUCCAACUGCUCUUAAACACUAGUAAAACUAAAUGCAUGCUCUUCAACCGAACGCUGCUUGCACCCGCCCACCCGACUAGAAUCACUACUCUCGACGGGUCUGACCUAGAGUAUGUGGACAACUACAAAUAUCUAGGUGUCUGGUUAGACUGUAAACUCCUUCCAGACUCACAUUAAGAAUCUCCAAUCCAAAGUUAAAUCUAGAAUCGGUUUCCUAUUUCGCAACAAAGCCUCCUUCACUCAUGCUGCCAACAUGCCCUCGUAAAACUGACUAUCCUACCGAUCCUUGACUUCGGCGAUGUCAUUUACAAAAUAGCCUCCAGCACUCUACUCAGCAAAUUGGAUGUAGUCUAUCACAGUGCCAUCCGUUUUGUCUCCAAAGCCCCAUAUACUACCCACCACUGUGACCUGUACGCUCUUGUUGGCUGGUCCUCACUACAUAUUCGUCGCCAAACCCACUGGCUCCAGGCCAUCUAUAAAUCACUGCUAGGCAAAUCCCCGCCUUAUCUUAGCUCAUUGGUCACCAUAGCAACACCCACCCAUAGUCUGCGCUCCAGCAGGUAUAUCUCACUGGUCAUCCCCAAAGCCAACACCUCCUUUGGCCGCCAUUCCUUCCAGUUCUCUGCUGCCAAUGACUGGAACAAAUUGCAAAAAUCUCUGAAGCUGGAGACACUUAUCUCCCUCACUAACUUUAAGCAUCAGUUGUCAGAGCACCUUACCGAUCACUGCACCUGUACACAGCCCAUCUGAAAUUAGCCCGCCCAACUACCUCAUCCCUAUAUUGUUAUUUAUUUUGCUCAUUUGUACCCCAGUAUCUCUAUUUGCACAUCAUCUCUUGCACAUCUAUCAUUCCAGUGUUAAUACUAAUUGUAAUUAUUUUGCACUAUAGCCUAUUUAUUGCCUUACCUCCAUAACUUGCUACAUUUGCACACACUGUAUAUAUAUUUAUUUCUGUUGUAUUUUUGACUUUGUUUUGUUUUACCCCAUAUGUAACUCUGUGUUGUUUUUAUCGCACUGCUUUGCUUUAUCUUGGCCAGGUCGCAGUUGUAAAUGAGAACUUGUUCUCAACUAUAAAAAUUUGUUAUUUUGAAUUCCGUAAAGUAAGUGUGGAAGAGGUAAAAAAAUGAUUGUUGUCUAUCAACAAUGACAAGCCACCAGGGUCUGACAACUUGAAUGGAAAAUUACUGAGGAUAAUAGUGGAUGAUAUUGCGACUCCUAUUUGCCAUAUCUUCAAUCUAAGCCUAUUAGAAAGUGUGUGCCCUCAGGCCUGGAGGGAAGCAAAAGUCAUUUCGCUACCUAAGAUUAGUAAAGCCCCCUUUACUGGCUCAAAUAGCCGACCAAUCAGCCUGUUACCAACCCUUAGUAAACUACUGGAAAAAAGUGUUUUUUGUCCAGAUACAAUGCUAUUUUACAGUAAACAAAUUGACAACAGACUUUUAGCACGCUUAUAGGGAAGGACAUUCAACAAGCACAGCACUUACACAAAUGACUGAUGAUUGGCUGAGAGAAAUUGAUGAUAAAAAUAUUGUGGGGGCUGUUUUGUUAGGAUUCAGUGUGGCUUUUGACGUUUUCGAUCAUAGUCUGCUGCUGGAAAAACGUAUGUGUUAUGGCUUUACACCCCCUGCUAUAUUCUGGAUAAAGAGUUACCUGUCUAACAGAACACAGAGGGUGUUCUUUAAUGGAAGCCUCUCCAACAUAAUCCAGGUAGAAUCAGGAAUUCCCCAGGGCAGUUGCUUAAGCCCCUUACUUUUUUCAAUAUUUACUAAUGACAUGCCACUGGCUUUGAAUAAAGUGUGUCUAUGUAUGCGGAUGACUCAAACUAUACACGUCAGCUACUACAGCAACUGAAAUAACUGCAACACUUAACAAAGAGUUGCAGUUAGUUUCGGAAUGGGUGGCAAGGAAUAAGUUAGUCCUGAAUAUUUCCAAUACUAAAAGCAUUGUAUUUGGGUCAAAUCAUUCACUAAACCCCAACUACAUCUCGUAAUGAAUAAUGUGGAAAUUGAGCAAGUUGAGGAGUAACCCUGGAUUGUAAACUGUCAUGGUCAAAACAUAUUGAUACAACAGUAGCUAAGAUGGGGACAAGUCUGUCCAUAAUAAAGCGCUGCUCUGCCUUCUUAACAGCACUAUCAACAAGGUAGGUCCCAAAGGCCCUAGUUUUGCCACACCUGGACUACUAUUCAGUCGUGUGGUCAGAUGCCACAAACAGGGACUUAGGAAAAUUGCAAUUGGCUCAGAACAGGGCAGCACGGCUGGCCCUUGGAUGUACAAAGAGAGCUAACAUUAAUAAUAUGCAUGUCAAUCUGUCCCGUGUGGCUCAGUUGGUAGAGCAUGGCGCUUGCAACGCCAGGGUUGUGGGUUCGAUUUCCACGGGGGACCAGUAUGGGAAAAAAGUAUGAAAAUGUGUGCACUCACUACUGUAAGUCGCACUGCAUAAGAGUGUCUGCUAAAUGACUAAAAUGUAAAUGUAAACUCUCCUGGCUCAAAGUGGAGGAGAGAUGAACUUAAUCACUACUUGUAUUUGUGAGAGGUAUUGACAAGUGGAAUGCACCAAGCUGUCUGUUUGAACUACUGGCACACAGCUUGGACACCCACGCAUACCCCAAAAGACAUGCUACCAGAAGUAUCUUCACAUUCCCCAAGUCCAGAACAGACUAGUACUACAUAGAGCCAUGACUACAUGGAACUCUAUUCCACAUCAAGUAAGAGAUGGACGCAGUAGAAUCAGAUUUAAAAAAUAACUAAUACACCUUAUGGAACAGCGGGGACUUUGAAGAGACACAAACACAGGCACAGACACACAUACACAUGAUAAGACACGCACUCUACACACACGUACACAUGGAUUUUGUUUUGUAGAUAUGUGGUAGUAGAGUAGGGGUCUGAGGGCACAUACUUAAUGUGUUGAGAAAUCUGCUGUGAAUGUAUUGUAAUGUUUUUAAAAUUGUAUAAACUGCCUCAGGAAGAGCAGCUGCUGCCUUGGCAGGAACUAAUGGGGAUCCAUAAUAAAUACAAAUACCAUGUUCAGGUUUAUUGUCCUCAAAAACAUUGGGAGUCAAGGAAAAUGUUGUAUAAUCAUUGAAGAGAAUUCUAUCAAGUUUGUAGAAGCUUAACUUUAGUCAAUGAUCAAAUGUUGAUGUUGGAUUGAGAAGUAAGGCUGUAACACUGGGAUAUUUAAUUGACCUUUGACUCUGUCCACAGGUCCGUUCCCUUGUGACAUCUGUGGCCGCCAGUUCAACGACACGGGUAACAGGAAGAGACACAUUGAAUGUACACAUGGGGGCAAGAGAAAAUGGACCUGCUUCAUCUGUGGGAAGUCGGUGAGGGAGAGGUAGGAUUGUCAAAACUUUUUUUGGGGUUGUGGGAAAAGUCAAUUCAAAUGUAAUCAUAAAACAAGUAAUAAAAAGCCUAAAAUAAACAGCAGUGCUUAGAAUACUGCACAUAUACGUGUGAUUACAUUGAACUUCUAUGUUUUUAUACACAACAACUACUAAUGUUAAAACUUUUAACGAAACUUUUAACCAACUUGUUUUUAACAGUACUUUUUGGUGGCGGUCUCUCACUGCUCACAUGGUAACAAUCUCAACUUUAGUGACUGGUCUACUAUCAGUCUAACUCCAUUGAUUGUAAUGUUGUUGUUUUUUAUGUCCGUAGGACAACGUUGAGAGAACAUAUGCGGAUUCACAGUGGAGAGAAACCUCACCUCUGCAGUAUCUGUGGACAGAGUUUCCGCCACGGCAGCUCUUAUAGGUCAAUAUGCUUGGGCAGUUCAUAACAUACCUAGUUCUUAUUGGCUAUCACCUGUGGGUGGAGUCCCAUGUUCAGCAGGUUUCUAUUGGGUCGUUUUUGUCUUCUCCAGAGAAAAUACUUUUGUCAUAAUUUAGUACAAAAUAAAUACAAUGUUUGCCUGUUUUAAUUGCAUAUUAAACAUUUCUUAACUUUAACCCCAAACUCUAUUCUGAUAGGCUUCAUCUUCGAGUCCACCACGACGACAAGCGCUACGAGUGUGACGAAUGCGGAAAGACGUUCAUACGCCACGACCAUCUGACCAAACACCAGAAAAUACACUCGGGUACGGUAUACACACCUUCCGUGUUAUGUUCCGUAGCUAUGCAAAAGAGAGUAAAAUGCUCCCCUGGGUUAGUUGUUCAUACAUGGUCCUGGGCCUGUUUGGAUGUUUUUAUGCUGCAUAUGAAUUGUCUUACAGGACAAUAAUUGAAUUGAAUCUCCCUUGGAUGUUAUCAGGGGAGAAAGCCCACCAGUGCGAGGAAUGUGGAAAGUGUUUCAGGCGCCAUGAUCACCUGACCGUCCAUUACAAAAGUGUCCACCUGGGAGAGAAGGUGUGGCAGAAGUAAGUGGUCCGGAUGGUGGAUGGAGAUGGAGGGAAUGGGCGCGUUCCAGGUUGACUACAUUGCAGAUGCAUGUCAGAUCUCACACCGCGGCUGACUACAUUGCAGAUGCAUGUCAGAUCUCACACCGCGGCUGACUACAUUGCAGAUGCAUGUCAGAUCUCACAACGCGGCUGAAUACAUUGCAGAUGCAUGUCAGAUCUCAAAACGACUGAAUAGGUGUUUAACAUAUCAGCUAACCACAUCAUAUGAUAUAUUAAAAAAAUAAAAAAAUGUAUGCACUCACUAACUGUAAGUCGCUCUGGAUAAGAGCGUCUGCUAAAUGACUAAAAUGUAAAUGUAAAUAUAGCAAUCUGAUGACGUGGCAUGCAACCAUUGGUUGAUGAAAUGUAACAUCUGCAAUGUAGUCAGCCUGGAACGUGACCAUUAUGUUCUAGAUUUAAAGUGUCAGUCUGGGCUUAGACACACCAGGGCACCAAAGGGAUUUUUUAUUAUAUGAUCAAGCAAAUAGGCAGAAUGAACAGCAAUGGACCAAUAACAAUUGCAUUGUCAGCACACGUCCAACAGAUUUUCACAUGAUAUUCAAUAAAACAAAGUCAAUUCAUAGAACAUGCACAGGGAACAACUUGACGUCCAUAUCUUGACAGUCAAAUACAUACAGUCACAUAGGUUAGUCACAUUUAUACCAAAAACUAUGUUGAAAAUCUAUUUUUGGUUUCAACUUCUUGUGCUCGCUGUCGCUGGUAUAAUUACAAUUACCAUAUUGAACAAACCCAGUGUUUGUCCAAUGAAAGUAUUUUUGGCUGACAAAGACCAUGCGUAAUGGGAUUUAGUAACCGAAAAAUACUUAGCUUUUUUUCUGUUACAGAUGAUCUUCUAUGGUGUCUAGUUGACUAUUUGUGAAUCCAGGCUCUGUCGUAGCCGGCCGCGACCGGGAGACCCAUGGGGCGGCGCGCAAUUGGCCCAGCGUCGUCCAGGGUAGGGGAGGGAAUGGCCGGCAGGGAUGUAGCUCAGUUGAUAGAGCAUGGCGUUUGCAACGCCAGGGUUGCGGGUUCGAUUCCCACAGGGGGUAGGAAAAAAAAUAAUGUAUGCAUUCACUAACUGUAAGUCGCUCUGGAUAAGAGCGUCUGCUAAAUGACUAAAAUGUAAAUGUAAAUGUGAAAAGACUAAGCAUUGGGAAAACUUGUGUGGAUUCUAUAGGUAUAAAACAGCUGUGCAUCAGUGUGAGGUUUGUAAGAAGGAGUUCAAAGGGAAGUCCAGUCUGGAAAUGCACUUCAGGACACAUUCAGGUAAGAUGACAAUAAAAGCUGUGAAUGUCUGUUUGACUGGCAGCGUACCUUUCUUUUCACAUCAACCCUUUAUUGACAUGUUAAUCCAGAACAAAUGUAUUUGGUGGACAUAGAUGUCCAAUAAAUACAGUGGGGAGAACAAGUAUUUGAUACACUGCCGAUUUUGCAGGUUUUCCUACUUACAAAGCAUGUAGAGGUCUGUAAUUUUUUAUCAUAGGUACACUUCAACUGUGAGAGACGGAAUCUAAAACAAAAAUCCAGAAAAUCACGUUGUAUGAUUUUUAAGUAAUUAAUUUGCAUUUUAUUGCAUGACAUAAGUAUUUGAUCACCUACCAACCAGUAAGAAUUCCGUCUCUCACAGACCUGUUAGUUUUUCUUUAAGAAGCCCUCCUGUUCUCCACUCAUUACCUGUAUUAACUGCACCUGUUUGAACUCGUUACCUGUAUAAAAGACACCUGCCCACACACUCAAUCAAACAGACUCCAACCUCUCCACAAUGGCCAAGACCAGAGAGCUGUGUAAGGACAUCAGGGAUAAAAUUGUAGACCUGCACAAGGCUGGGAUGGGCUACAGGACAAUAGGCAAGCAGCUUGGUGAGAAGGCAACAACUGUUGGCGCAAUUAUUAGAAAAUGGAAGAAGUUCAAGAUGACAGUCAAUCACCCUCGGUCUGGGGCUCCAUGCAAGAUCUCACCUCGUGGUGCAUCAAUGAUCAUGAGGAAGGUGAGGGAUCAGCCCAGAACUACACGGCAGGACCUGGUCAAUGACCUGAAGAGAGCUGGGACCACAAUCUCAAAGAAAACCAUUAGUAACACACUACGCCGUCAUGGAUUAAAAUCCUGCAGCGCACGCAAGGUCCCCCUGCUCAAGCCAGCGCAUGUCCAGGCUCGUCUGAAGUUUGCCAAUGACCAUCUGGAUGAUCCAGAGGAGGAAUGGGAGAAGGUCAUGUGGUCUGAUGAGACAAAAAUAGAGCUUUUUGGUCUAAACUCCACUCGCCGUGUUUGGAGGAAGAAGAAGGAUGAGUACAACCCCAAGAACACCAUCACAACCGUGAAGCAUGGAGGUGGAAACAUCAUUCUUUGGGGAUGCUUUUCUGCAAAGGGGACAGGACGACUGCACCGUAUUGAGGGGAGGAUGGAUGGGGCCAUGUAUCACGAGAUCUUGGCCAACAACCUCCUUCCCUCAGUAAGAGCAUUGAAGAUGGGUCGUGGCUGGGUCUUCCAGCAUGACAACGACCCGAAACACACAGCCAGGGCAACUAAGGAGUGGCUCCGUAAGAAGCAUCUCAAGGUCCUGGAGUGGCCUAGCCAGUCUCCAGAUCUGAACCCAAUAGAAAAUCUUUGGAGGGAGCUGAAAGUCCGUAUUGCCCAGCGACAGUCCCGAAACCUGAAGGAUAUGGAGAAGGUCUGUAUGGAGGAGUGGGCCAAAAUCCCUGCUGCAGUGUGUGCAAACCUGGUCAAGACCUACAGGAAACAUAUAAUCUCUGUAAUUGCAAACAAAGGUUUCUGUACCAAAUAUUAAGUUCUGCUUUUCUGAUGUAUCAAAUACUUAUGUCAUGCAAUAAAAUGCAAAUUAAUUACUUAAAAAUCAUACAACGUGAUUUUCUGGAUUUUUGUUUUAGAUUCCGUCUCUCACAGUUGAAGUGUACCUAUGAUAAAAAUUACAGACCUCUACAUGCUUUGUAAGUAGGAAAACCUGCAAAAUCGGCAGUGUAUCAAAUACUUGUUCUCCCCACUGUAGAUGAUAGGUCUGGCAGGUAGCAUACCGACCUGCUUUAAUUUCCUAGAUAAUUAACAGACGGUGUAUUAGACCAGCAGCCAUCAAACUAUACACACGCUUCAAUAAAUGUAUAUUUUUGAUCCGUUUUUUUAUAAAGGUUUUUCAGUAUUUUACAGGCAAAGGGCCACAACAAACAACAAAACCUCUACCUACCCCUUCUCCUCUCCUCUCCCUCCCCCCUCUCCUCUACCCCCCUCUCCUCUCCCUCCCCCCCCUCUCCUCUCCCUCCCCCCCACAUCUCCUCUACUCCCUCCCCCCCUCCUCUCCUUCCCCCCUCUCCUCUCCCUCCCCCCUCUCCUCUACCUCCCUCCCCCCUUUCCUCUCCUCUCCCUCCCCCCUCUCCUUUCCGCCCCCUCUCCUAUACCCUCUCCCCCUCUUCCUCUACCUCCUCCCUCCCCUCCGCUCCCUCCCCCCUCUCCUCUCCCUCCCCCCUCUCCUCUACCUCCCUCCCCCCUUUCCUCUCCUCUCCCUCCCCCCUCUCCUUUCCCUCCCCCUCUCCUAUACCUCCCUCCCCCUCUCCUCUACCUCCUCCCACCCCCUCUCCCUCUCUCCCUUCCCCUCUCUUCAUUCUACCGCCCUCCCUCCUCUACCUCUACCCCCCCCCACCUCUCCCUCUCUCCUCUACCUCCCCCCCUCCCCUUUUUAUCCUCUAUUCUGUAAUAAUGUAUGUCCAACUAACUUCCGUCAUGUCUUCUGCAAGGUGAGAAACCUUACAGAUGCCCCGUGUGCCAACAGACGUUCCGCAUCAAGAAGACCCUCACCAAGCACAUGGUGAUCCACUCGGACGCCCGCCCCUUUAACUGCCCGCACUGCAGUGCCACCUUUAAAAGGAAAGACAAGCUGAAGUACCAUAGGGACCAUGUACACAGCGCUAAGUACACUGAGCAGCAGCAGCCUCUGGUAGUGCUGACAGAGGACAAGAUGGUGACUCUGCCCUAUAAUACCCACGGCCCCUCCAAGGUGUACCGGGCUGAACCAAAGACCGUUCUCCAGAACGUCCCCUCCGACGUGUGUGUGCCUGUCACGCUGGUGCCCGUCCAGAUGUCCAGGGUGGUCCCGGGGGUACAGGGUGACCUGGGGGGACAUGUAACCUGCCCGCCCCAGGGCCAGGGGCAGCAGCAGACAGCUGGAGGGUACCAGAAUGCCACGGAGCUGGCGUUCCUGGAGAAGUACACGCUUACCCCCCAGCCGGCCAACAUUGUGCACCCGGUGCGGCCCGACCAGAUGUUGGACCCCAGGGAUCAGUCUUACCUGGGCACCCUGCUGGGCCUGGACUCUGCCACCCCUGUCCAGAACAUCUCUAACUCGGACCACGUCGCCCACUGA